AUCAAUCUCCAUUUGAGAAUAACAUAAUCUUCUCCAAUCUCAAGCCACCUUAUCCCUCCUCCUUGUCUCUCUUUUCCAUUCUCCUGUUGUUGAACCAAAACCAGAGAGAGACAUGGAGGCUGUUCUUCAUUCUAGAGGGCUUCUUUCUCUUCCCCCAAACCCCAGAAACAGGGUCUUACACCCUUCCCAUGGCUUAAAGCAAAGAUUUUUCACUCCAAAACCUAAAUUCCCAUCUGGGUCUCCUCUUUCUUCUCUAUCUUCUCAUGGGUUGUUGUCAAAAUUCAAUCUUUCUGCCUCCAAAACUAAUGUCUUUAGUCAAAAGGACAAGAAAAAUUUGUUCAUUUGCAGGGCUGAAGCUGCUGCUGCUGCUGAUGGUGGGAAGCCACUGUUCGGGGAAUCCGAGGUUGAAAAACCGAAGAUUCUGGGUGUUGAGGUUGCUACCCUCAAGAAGAUUAUACCACUUGGGAUGAUGUUUUUCUGCAUCCUGUUCAACUACACCAUUCUAAGGGAUACUAAGGAUGUUUUGGUUGUGACGGCGAAGGGAAGCAGUGCUGAGAUUAUACCGUUUUUGAAAACUUGGGUGAAUCUUCCUAUGGCUAUUGGGUUUAUGUUGUUGUAUACCAAGUUGUCGAAUGUGUUGUCUAAGCAGGCUUUGUUUUACACUGUUAUUGUCCCCUUUAUUGCAUUCUUUGGGGCAUUUGGGUUUCUUUUGUACCCUCUUAGCAGCUAUAUCCACCCUGAGGCGUUUGCGGAUAAGCUUCUUAACAUCCUUGGGCCGAGGUUCCUUGGUCCUCUUGCAAUCAUGAGAAUCUGGACUUUCUGUUUGUUCUAUGUUAUGGCUGAAUUGUGGGGGAGUGUGGUUGUUUCUGUGCUGUUUUGGGGGUUGGCUAAUCAGAUAACUACAGUUGAUGAAGCAAAGCGGUUCUACCCACUAUUUGGACUUGGGGCCAAUGUAGCCCUCAUAUUCUCUGGCCGGACAGUGAAAUACUUUUCCAAUAUGAGAAGCAAUUUAGGUCCUGGAGUUGAUGGUUGGGCCAUCUCUCUAAAAGCAAUGAUGAGCAUAGUUGUGGGCAUGGGACUUGUAAUCUGUUUCCUGUAUUGGUGGGUGAAUAACUAUGCUCCUCUUCCAGAACGUAGCAGGAAGAAGAAGGAGAAGCCCAAAAUGGGAACAAUGGAGAGCUUGAAGUUCUUGGUGUCUUCAAAAUAUAUAAGGGAUCUUGCUACAUUAGUGGUUGCAUAUGGAAUUAGUAUCAAUCUUGUUGAGGUUACAUGGAAAUCAAAGCUCAAAGCUCAGUAUCCUAGCCCGAAUGAGUACUCAGCUUUUAUGGGAGACUUCUCAACUGCAACUGGAAUUGCUACAUUCAUAAUGAUGCUUCUAAGCCAAUUUGUUUUUGACAAAUAUGGAUGGGGAGUUGCUGCCAAUAUCACGCCUACCGUCCUACUCUUGACCGGAGUUGGUUUCUUUUCUCUCAUAUUAUUUGGCGGCCCGAUUGCACCUAUGCUAGCGCAGUUUGGAAUGACACCACUGCUAGCUGCUGUCUAUGUUGGUGCGUUGCAGAACAUAUUCAGCAAGAGUGCCAAGUACAGCUUAUUCGAUCCAUGCAAAGAAAUGGCCUACAUACCCUUGGAUGAGGACACCAAGGUCAAGGGGAAGGCAGCCAUUGAUGUUGUUUGCAACCCAUUGGGGAAAUCUGGAGGUGCUCUGAUUCAGCAGUUUAUGAUCUUAAGUUUUGGUUCACUAGCCAAUUCAACUCCAUACCUGGGAGGAGUGCUUCUGGUGAUUGUUCUUGCCUGGUUAGCAGCAGCCAGGUCCCUGGACACUCAGUUCACCGCCUUGCGUCGCGAAGAAGAGAUUGAAAAAGAAAUGGAAAGAGUGGCUUCAGUUAAGAUUCCAGUGGUGGCUGAAAACAAGGAUGGAAAUGGUUCUCUUGCAAGUGCUUCUACAGCAGGUGACUCCUCAAUUAGUCCUUCUGAAGCCUCAACUAGUUCUUCAUGAGGGAAGUGUUAGGUGAAACUAUUUCUUGUAGGUUAUUGUCUACUCAUCUCAUAGAAUAAGUUUGCUUCUCAAUUUCUUCAAGGCCCAUAGUUAUUAUUGUUUCUUUAAUCCAUAGAUAAAUGAGUUUAUUCUCAUUAUGAAGGUUUUUAAUUUUGUAGAAGCACAUUUUUUUAGAUAAAUUAAAGGAUGUUGUAAUCACAUUGAAUGUUUUGAAUUGAUGCUACCAUAUUUCAUUGCCAA